AUGGCUGGGCAGCAACUGAGCAAUGCUUUUGAUUCUUCCUCUGCGCCGUCUUUGAAAAAAUACGAUGUUUUUCUUAGCUUUCGAGGUGAGGAUACUCGCAAAAACAUCAUAAGCCAUCUUUAUGACGCUUUGAGUCGAGAGAAAGUUGAAACCUUUAUUGACAACAAUGAGCUUAAAAAAGGAGAUGAGAUCUCUCCAACACUCAUCAAAGCCAUUGAGGAUUCCCAUGUAUCUAUUCUCAUCUUCUCAGAAAACUAUGCUUCCUCAAAGUGGUGCUUGAAUGAGCUCAAAAAGAUUCUAGAAUGCAAGAGAUAUAAGGAGCAGAUUGUCAUACCUGUUUUUUUCAACAUAGAUCCGUCACACGUGAGGAACCAGACUGGGAGUUACAAGGAAGCCUUUGAAAAACAUAAGCGAGAGUUGAAGGACAAUUAUGACAGGUUGAAGAUAUGGAAAGCUGCUCUCACUGAGGCAGCUAGUUUAGUUGGUUGGGACUUUCAAAAUUACAGGACUGAAUCAGACUUCAUUAAGGACAUUGUCAAAGAUGUUUUGCAGAAACUGAAUCGUAAGUACCAAUAUGAAACUAAGGGGCUUGUUGGAUUUGAGAAGACUUAUGAACAAAUUGAAUCAAUGCUGAAAAUUGGGUCAAAUGAAGUUAUAGUCCUUGGAAUAUGGGGCAUGGGUGGCAUAGGAAAGACAACCCUUGCUAAGGCUUUAUUUGCCAAACUGCGUUCCCAAUUCGAAGGUUGUUGCUUCCUCAAUGUAAAGGAUGAGUCAAACAAGUAUGGACUUGAUGUUGUAUACUCCAAAUUUUUUUCUACAUUGUUAGAGGAAGAAAAUCUUCAUCCUGGUGCAUCCUACAUAGAAUCCCCUUUUUCCUUGAGAAGGAUUGCCCGUAAAAAGCUACUAAGUUUGACUGUCUUCAGAGAAAAACAUCCUGAAUUUGGAUAUGAAGAUCUAUCAGAAAGUGUAAUUGUCUAUUGCAAAGGCAAUCCUCUGGCUUUAAAACUUAUAGAAAGUGGGAUAGAAGUCCUUCUAAAUAAAAAUGGACGGGAUAUUGUUAAUCAAGAAUCUAAAGAUCCAGGAAAACGAAGUCGAUUGUGGAAAGCUGAAGAAAUAUGUGAUAUAUUGAAAAAAAACAAGGGAACUGAAGUGGUGGAGUGUAUAUCAUUUGAUAGUACAGAAGUUGGGCAUCUUUGCUAA